CCGUCCCGGGGAGAUGCGGAUGAGCUGCAGAAGCAGAAAUCUGCUCUCAUCCCUCGAGCGAACACCACAACGCGAUGGCCGCAGCAGUGGAUGCGAACUGUUAAAAAAUUAUUUGAUUUGCUGAACUACCUCGCAUAGCGCAUGGUUUUCGCCUGUGAUAGCUUGGGAAAACACUGCAAGUGGCGGUCGCUGCGCUAAGACGACGCGCCAGCUCCUACCAACUGUGACCCGGGCAUCAGGAAGAAGGUAGCCAGCUGGCUAACGUUAAUCUAUCAGGCUGUAUGGCUGAACCGGAGCUCCUGCUGGACUCCAAUAUCCGGCUUUGGGUGGUCUUGCCCAUUGUCUUCAUCACCUUUCUUGUCGGGGUGAUUCGCCAUUAUGUAUCCAUUCUUCUUCAAAGUGACAAGAAGUUGACGUUAGAACAGGUUUCUGACAGCCAGGUUCUUAUUCGGAGCAGAAUUCUCAGAGAAAAUGGAAAAUACAUUCCCAAACAGUCUUUUUUGAUGAGGAAGUUCUACUUCAAUAAUCAAGAGGAUGGAUUUUUCAAGAAGACCAAAAGAAAGGUUGUACCACCCUCUCCAAUGACAGAUCCCAGCAUGCUGACAGACAUGAUGAAAGGAAAUGUUACCAAUGUGCUUCCCAUGAUCCUCAUCGGAGGCUGGAUCAACUGGACCUUUUCAGGAUUUGUAACAACUAAGGUUCCCUUCCCUCUCACCCUGCGUUUCAAGCCCAUGCUGCAGCAAGGAAUAGAGCUGCUCUCACUGGAUGCCUCCUGGGUGAGCUCAGCGUCAUGGUAUUUCCUCAACGUGUUUGGACUACGAAGCAUGUACUCAUUAAUCCUCGGCCAAGAUAAUGGUGCAGAUCAGUCGAGGAUCAUGCAGGAGCAGAUGAGUGGUGCUGCCAUGGCCAUGCCCGCAGAUACAAAUAAAGCUUUUAAGGCUGAGUGGGAGGCACUGGAACUGACUGACCAUCAGUGGGCACUGGAGAGUGUAGAGGAGGAUCUGAUGAGCAGAGAGCUGGACUUAGAUGGCAUGUUCAGCAAGGAGCUGCCCAGUGGUAUCUUCUGAUGGCCCGGCGGCUUCUACUUGGAGCCUUCAAUUUGAAUUUUGAUCAUUGCAGGGAUUUGCUUUUGGUUAAAACCGCAGAGAUGGGACAAAUCCCUUCAUGUUAUGCAAAGUUUACAUUCACUUAUCUGUGGUCCUUUUUACAUGUGUUACCUUUCCAUUUCUGUCCAUAAAAUAUCUAAAAUGACUUAAAAUACACUGGUUCUGCUGCUGUGUCCUGCAUAGUAGAAAGCAUUGCUUUGUUGUCUCACCUUUUAGACAUGGAGAUGUUUGGGAGAACUUAAGUGGCUUUUUGCUUAUUGAAAUGCAUUAUUAUCAGCUUGCAACUGUAUACCAUCAUAAUGCCAGGUAAUAGAAUGUAAACUACCGAGUCCUUCUUUUUUCUUUUUUCAUGCACAGCUAGACUAGCUGACUCAAUUUUCAUAUGUGUUGUCAUCAUGUUUAAAAAAUAGGACACUACCAUUUUACAGGUCUGAAUGACGUUUAUUUAAUUUUACUUUAAGAAUCUUUAAUGACUCCUUGGUUUAGAUAGACCAGCUGCUGUGUGUCAGCUCCCUAAAGUUGGAAGCAGACCCAGAACUGAUUAGUUGUUGGCAGAGAAUAUGUUGUGUGAUUGAAAUGUUGUUUUUGAAGUGUGUAGACAAUUUAUUUUGUAAUGUAACUCCCCUGUGUUUUGUACAGCAUAAAGCCUGUUUUG